UCUAUGGCCAAGUAUGGAGGGUGGCUGUGGAGAAACAGCCUCUACACUGAGGCCAGCCAGGAGCAACAUGUCGGGACUUUAACACUUACUUGCCUUUUUGCUUUUUUUAAUCUGAUUGUUUUUUUGUUUUUUUCUUGACUGGACCUACAUCUCCAGCUUUAGUAUGGAGCUGGGGAAAGUUCAUUUGAAUUUAAAGACACUUCUGCUGACAAUGAUGAUGUUCAAGUGGGGAACACUCUGCUCGGCCACAUCAGAAAAAUGCCUGUCUGCCCCUUGCCAGAACGGGGCCACCUGUGUGGACACCAUGGAUGAUUAUGCUUGUAUCUGUACCAGAGAAGGUGUGCUGUACAUGGGCAAAAACUGCGAUGAACUUUACGAUGGCUGCUCCUUUGUGCCAUGUGAUGACUGCACCAGCACCCCGGGAACCAGGGAAUACCACUGCAUAUGCCCGGACGGACUCACAGGAGACAACUGCACUGAGGAGGUGGACGAGUGUCGGAGCAACCCUUGCUCUGAACCUCGUUCUCUAUGUGUGGACCAGCUUCACGGAUACUUCUGCAGGUGUCCGGCUGGAUACGGAGGUCAGGACUGCAGGACUCAUAUGACCGACUGCGUUGAUAAACCCUGCAUGAACAAUGGCACCUGCGCACUCCGACCAAAUGGCUUUGAGUGCCGCUGUGCAGCAGGGUUCAGAGGGAGCACCUGUGAGGAAGACGUGAAUGAGUGUUUAUCGGAACCCUGUCAGAACGGCGCCAUCUGUAUCGACGGAGUGGCAGAGUACCGCUGUUUCUGUGUGCCCGGCUUUCAGGGCCACAACUGUGAAAUAGACAUUAAUGAGUGUGCUUCUCAGCCAUGUGAGAACAAUGCUACCUGCAUCAACGAGAAGGACCACUAUGAAUGUGAAUGCCUGGUGGGCUUCACAGGAGUCAACUGUGAAACUGAAUUAGACGAGUGUGACUCCCAUCCCUGCCAAAAUGGAGCCACCUGCCAUGAUUUGACUGGAAUGUACUCUUGUGAGUGCCUGGUUGGGUUUGAUGGCAUCAACUGUGAGGUUGAUGUAGAUGAGUGUGCCAGCCAGCCCUGUCAGAAUGGAGCCUUCUGCCAUGACAUGGUAAACAGCUAUGAAUGUGACUGCAGUGACACAGGGUUUGAGGGCGAACACUGUGAAGUGGAUAUUGCUGAGUGUGCCUCAGAUCCCUGCCAGCAUGGUGCCACAUGUAUAGAAGAAGUCAACGGAUAUGUUUGUCUUUGUUGGCCAGGUUAUGAAGGAGAAAACUGUGAAGUUGACAUUGAUGAGUGUGCUGAGCAGCCCUGUCAGAACGGUGGCGAGUGUUUUGAGCGCUCAGAUCCUUCUCACUGGGAGCUGGACUGGGAGCUCAGGUUUUCAGACGCAGCCGGCUACAUCUGCCAGUGCCAGGGAGGUUUUGCAGGAGAAAACUGUUCCAUAAAUAUAGAUGAAUGUGAAUCUGAACCGUGUCAGAAUGGAGGCGCUUGUGAGGAUAAAGUCAACGGCUAUAUCUGUGUGUGUCCUGUUGGAUUCUUAGGUGAGCUGUGUGAGUUGAACAUUGAUGAAUGCGAGAGUCAGCCCUGUCAAAAUGGCGGCUGGUGUGAAGAUGGCAGAGCAUCGUACACCUGUCACUGUCCUGAAGCUGAGCCUGGUGAACUUCCAUGGGGAGGUGGCCACUGUGAGGUCAAACUCUAUGGGUGUGUUGGCCACAAAUGCCAGAAUGGAGCCAGCUGUCUUCCCACGUUGGAAGAGGGAAAGGACAGCCACACGUGUUUAUGUCCGCAUGGCUUCUACGACGAGCAAUGCUCCACCAGAACAACGUUCUCACUGUCCUCCCCUGGGUUCAUUCAUAUCCAGAUUGCUCUCAAAGAGAAAGUCCGCAGGGAGGUGGAGCACCGUGGUCACCAAGGUUUGGGGUUGCAGCUUCGCUUCCGGACGACCUUACCCAAUAUGUUGAUCUUCUACAGAGGAGAUCUGGAUAACUAUCUUUUCCUGGAGAUUGUUAACGGUGGUCUUCAUGCAAAAGCUUUUUCUGAAGAAUCUGAAUUGGAUGUCACAUUUGCUGGCAUGGUGAAUGAUGGAGACUGGAGGGACAUUCAUGUGUUUUUGGACAACGGAAGUCUAUUCUUGACCCUAAAGGGUCCUGACUGUGUCAGAGAUGGAUGCACAGUCACAGAUGGUGGUGAUGGGGAACUUCCUUUCCAGCCCUCACAAGCCUUCACUGAUGUUUACAUAGGGGGAGCACCAAAUGACCUUUUGGAGCUCUCUUUAAGUGGUGCAGGAUUUCUUGGAUGUAUUGAAGACCUUAUGAUUGACUCGAAACCUAUCCUACCCCAAUCGCUUCCAGAAGACCAGGAUCUUGAGUUGGGCUGUUCCAAGACAGAGUGGUGUAAACCUGAUCCCUGUAAUGGACAUGGCCACUGUGUGGAUCUGUGGACUAGCUACCAGUGUGACUGUUUCCGUCCCUUCCAUGGGGAGAGCUGCUCUGAAGAAUAUCCUUCAUGGACUUACAGCCAUGAGGACACAGUGAGUUUUAGCUCCUAUGAUUUGGAAGAGAGUCAUGGAAGUAACUUCAGCGUGUCGUUUUUGCUGAAGUCCCUGAAGCCGGACGGGCUGCUGUUCCAGCUGAGAAGACCCCGUGCAGAAGAUGAGGGGGAGGCCUACUUUUCCAUCUACCUGAAGAUGGGGAGGGUUUUCGUCAGCACUCUGCCUGACAGCUCCCCACUGACAGCUCCUGUGUUUGUGACCACCGGGGAGAAGCAGCUUCUCUCUAUGGAAGUCAAACACACACAUGUGAUGUUCGAUCAUGCAGGACUUAACUACGGAAUAGGAGAGAUCCCUGAGGUGGCUGUCCGGAGUGGAGAUAAGGCUUUUGUUGGAGGGCUUCCAGAAGGCUGGGACGCUGCUGGGUGGGGGGGACAUUUUAAAGGCUGCCUCCAGGACUUUCGUCUAGACGAUGCACAUUUAGAUCCGGGUGGCUGGAGCAGCCCUGAUGAAAUAGUUUAUGUAUCAAGUGAAGCUGGAAAUUGGAAGGAGGGCUGCAUCAGCGACGAUGCCUGCAAGACCAAACCCUGUCAGAAUGGAGGAGAGUGCACCAUCACCUUCAAUGACUUCACCUGUUCUUGUCCAGAGGAAUACACAGGGAAGAACUGCCAAACACGAGUUUGGUGUGUCAGCAAUCCUUGCGUCCAUGGCGGCUUGUGCGUGGACCUUCCUAACGGAUAUGAAUGUUUGCACAAUGCCACGUUUGAGAGCAACCCAGUGCAAUACAGUGCUGGAGGCUCCCUGGCUGGACCCAUCGCUGACAUCUACAUGGAGCUGCGGACCCGAUCAGAGAAUGCUGUGCUCCUGAGGGCCUCCUGGGGCGCCAACCUGCUGGUGGUGGGCAUCCUUGAUUCCUCAGUCUGGGUGGAGAUCCAGACGGACAGCAGUGUCAAGUCGGUGACCCUUAAGGGAAUCCGUCAUGUGGCUGACGGAAGCUGGCACCGCGUCAACGUCUCCAUGGCAGACUGGAAGCGCAAAGCCUCCCCCUGGGUCAUCACUGUCGAUGGAAUCACAGAUGCCACCAGCAAACAAGAGCGCACAGGAAGUCUGAGCUUUCUCAACAAGAAAGGAGCCUUGCUGGCUGUUGCAGACAGCUACACUGGCUGUUUGGGUGCAGUGAGGCUUGGCGGGAUUUAUCUCCCCUUUGCAGAUGACCAUAAAGCUCCACAGCCCUCUCAGUUUCACAUAGUUGGGAAACCCAAAGUGCAUCUGGCCUGCAGCAGCACACCGGUUUGCGAUUCUGGUCCCUGUCUAAAUGGAGGCACGUGUGAAGACUUGUUCAAUAAAUUUGGUUGUGUAUGUGACACGGGUUGGGAGGGAGAGCUGUGUGAGACGGACACCGACGACUGUGCGUCUCAGCCCUGUGUCUACGGCAGCUGCAAGGACUACCUGGCUGGCUAUGAGUGCCGCUGUGACCCCGGUUACACCGGAACGCUGUGUGACGAAGACACUGACGAGUGUGCUCUUCAUCCCUGUGAACAUGGAGGAACCUGUGAGGAUGGGGUUAACAUGUUCACCUGUGUGUGCCCCACGGACUACAGCGGCCCCCGCUGCCAGUGGGACUAUCCUCCAUUACAAUGUGACACAGAUGUCCAAUGUGCUAAUGAUGGAAUAUGCAGAGAUGGUCUCUGGGGAGCUAACUGCACAUGCAUGCCAGGUUUCACAGGCAGCAGGUGUGAACUGGAGAUUGAUGAAUGUAACUCCAACCCUUGUCGGAAUGGUGGCUCCUGUUUGGAUCGCUUCAACAUGUUUGUGUGUGAAUGCCCGGCGGGGUACAGCGGCCCACUCUGUGACGUCAACAAGGAGGCCCAUAAACAGGGAAUCCCAUGGCUGAUGGUGGUUAUCCCGCUGCUCUGCCUCUGUGUGGUGGUCCUGGUCAUCGGCGCCACCUUCAUGCUGCUCACAGCCAGGAAGAAGCGCCAGUCAGAGGGGGCUUACAGCCCCAGCGCUCAGGAGCUGGCCGGAGCCCGGCUGGAGAUGGACAGCAUGCUGAAGGUCCCACCAGAGGAGCGACUCAUUUGACCACUGGCUGCUGGGUGGAGGGAGUUCGAUCUGAUCGGAGCGCUGCAGGAUGAGCUGGGCGCUCUGACGCAUCACAAGGCACAGCCUCUGUGUGGUGGCCGAAGCUUCCUAAUCCUGUAAACGUUGUUUAUGGCGGAGCCUUAAGGCUAGUUUUCUACCAACCCCUACUUAUGUGGACUGUGUGUGUGUGCAGCGUCACAGUCCUCUGGCUCUGCACCUGCGUUAAUGGAUUACAGCAUGUACUGUACUGGACCUAUGACUUAAAUCUCUGGCUUAACUUGUUUUCCCUGUGACACUGGGGCGCUCAGAUCCCUGCCUGAGGAAACGUCCAGCAGCGCCUCUGAUCUUUGCAGCUCUUCUCGUGGCGCAGGAAUUAGUGGAGAACUUCACUAAAGUUUGAUGUCAUCA